AAAGAGUUACAAGUAAACAAGUAUUAGUAAAUAAGUAUAUGCCAACAGUUACAAUGAGUUCACCUGGUGAACAAAGGCCACCAGAGUACCGUGAUGUACCCCAAGUGUACAAGAGUGCUGCUGAUUCUUACAUUGAGAAAGUUAUGGUAUCAUCUAAUAGCGAAGAAGCUUUUCUUAUCAAGAUAUUAUUGAGACAAACAAGAACACCUGAAAUUGGUGAUAAGUUCAGCAGCAGGCACGGACAGAAAGGUGUGUGUGGUUUGAUCGUCCCGCAACAAGACAUGCCGUUCAAUGACAAAGGAAUAUGUCCUGAUGUUGUGAUGAAUCCUCAUGGAUUCCCCUCACGUAUGACAGUGGGCAAAUUAAUAGAGCUACUGGCUGGCAAAGCUGGAAUAUUGGAUGGAAAAUUCCAUUAUGGAACAGCUUUUGGUGGAGAUAAGGUGGAAGAUAUUAGUGCUGAUCUAAUAAAAUAUGGUUAUAAUUACCUUGGUAAAGAAUAUAUGACAUCUGGAAUCACAGGAGAACCUUUAAGUGCCUACAUCUACUUUGGUCCAGUGUACUAUCAAAAGUUGAAACAUAUGGUAUUGGAUAAAAUGCAUGCCAGAGCAAAAGGACCGAGAGCAGUGUUGACACGGCAACCAACUGAAGGUAGAUCAAGAGACGGUGGUUUAAGAUUAGGUGAAAUGGAACGUGAUUGUUUAAUUGGAUAUGGUGCUAGUAUGUUGCUAUUGGAAAGACUGAUGAUCUCUAGUGACCAAUUUGAAGUAGACGUGUGUGGUGACUGUGGCUUGUUAGGAUAUUCUGGAUGGUGUCAUUAUUGUAAGUCUUCUCAGAAUGUGUCAUCUCUACGGAUACCGUAUGCCUGUAAACUAUUAUUCCAAGAACUACAGUCAAUGAAUAUUGUGCCCAGGCUGAAACUCGUGAAAUACAGUGAUUGAUUUGAUCGUAAAUAAACUGUGUUUGCUCAUGGUGAACAUUAUUAGUAUUACAUUAGUAUUACAAAUUACAAGGACUUGUAAUUUCAUCUCUGUGCAUUUGUCUGUGUAUGCUGAACUAAUCUUCACAUAUGCUGAUUCAACAUGGCU